UCUUUAAAAAUCAAAUAUAAGGUGGGAGAAGCGGAUCAUGGAGAGGCACAUAUUGAAUUAUCAUUUUGUUUCUAGUGCGUGCUGUGGUUUUGGAUUGCUUUUGAUUUUGCAUCUUGAGGGAGCUUGUGGAGCGCUUUUAAGGGAAUCUGCUUAAAUCAUGGAGCUCAAUUAUCUCUUGCCAGCAGUUCUAGGCAUAAGGGAAUCUACCAUGGAACCAACUUGUGCUGCUUGUGCCAUGGAAUGGAGCAUCCAACUUGAGAAGGGCCUCCGUUCUAGUAAACCAGGUGUACCUGUCAAAACCAUAUUGAAAUUGGGGCCCCACCUUCAGCUAUGGAGUAGAGAGUUCGAGUAUGGUAUUGAUUCCAAUGCCAUAUUUGGCCUUGUUCCAGGAGAAGAUAGGCUGUUUGCCAAUGCCAUCCUCUUACGCCUUGCUGAUGCCUUUAGAGGAGGUGACAAAGAAAUCAGGCUUUCUAUUGUCAGGGUUUUCUUGUUUGAACGAAAGCACCGUGAUAAUGGGAAACACAAGCAGUGUAAGGGCUUGCUAUCAAAGGCCAGAGUAGCUAACCACUUGGAGAUGUUGAAGAGAGUGAAAUCUGUCUUCCAAAAUGGAGAUUCAGAGUCCAAGGCACUGGCUUUGGUUCUGUUUGGUUGCUGGGCUGAUUUUGCCAAUGACAACGCUCAAAUACGAUACUUGAUACUUUCCAGCCUCGUUUCAACUCAUGAUUGUGAGGGUUCCGUAAAGAUCAAUCAAGCAACUCUGUCGCUGGCGCUGCUACGUCUGACGCAGCUGAACCUAUCGCAGGCCUACGUCACCUACGAUUUCAAGCUGGCUCCAUCUACUUUGAUUUGAAUUGAUUUGACAUUUUCAGCGAGAGAGAGGAAAGGCGGUUUCCAUUGCCGAUAACUGUAUUAUCUGAAUAAAUUAGGACGUUCUAAAUUAAUUAGGGUCAUGAUCUUAAUCAACAAGUCCUAAUGAACACUAUACGUCAUAAUCUUAGUCAAAUAGAUCUAAUCACACAUUAAUUAACCUAAUCAACUACAAUGUGAAACACCCUUAAUUAUAAUAAUCUUACAUAACAAGUGCUACUCAAACCUAAAUUAUCCUAAUCAUAAAAUCCUAAUCAACAGAAAUCACACUUAACUUAUCAUAUUGAUGAAUUUCUAAUAAUUGAUAUUUUGAAAAAAAUAAUUUUUUAUUUUCAAAAUAUCAAUUAUCAGACAUUUUGUCAGCAACCCAUAAUCACACAUGCACUAUCCUAGUCAACAAACCCUAAUCACUCUCAUAAGGUCAUCAUCCUGGUCAACAACUCCUAAUCACACCUCUAGUGCUACAAACCCUAGUCAACAACCCUAAUCACACAUGCACUAUCCUAGUCAACAAACCCUAAUCACUCUCAUAAGGUCAUCAUCCUCGUCAACAACUCCUAAUCACACCUCUAGUGCUACAAUGCCUAGUCAGCAACCCAUAAUCACACAUGCACUAUCCUAUUCAACAAACCCUAAUCACUCUCAUAAGGUCAUCAUCCUGGUCAACAACUCCUAAUCACACCUCUAGUGCAGACAUUUUGUCAGCAACCCAUAAUCACACAUGCACUAUCCUAGUCAACAAACCCUAAUCACUCUCAUAAGGUCAUCAUCCUGGUCAACAACUCCUAAUCACACCUCUAGUGCUACAAUGCCUAUUCAGCAACCCAUAAUCACACAUGCACUAUCCUAGUUAACAAACCCUAAUCACUCUCAUAAGGUCAUCAUAAUCCUAUUAACACAACCUUUGCUAAUGCGCCUUAAUUAUCAUAAUCCUAUUAACACACAACCUUUGCUAAUGGGACUUAAUUAUCAUAAUCAUAUUAACACACAACCUUUGCUAAUGGGCCUUAAUUAUCAUAAUCCUAUUAACACACAACCUUUGUUAAUUGGCCUUAAUCUUUCAUAAACACAAAACUUUUACCUAAAAUCCUAACUAAUUUGUAACUUCAUUACGUAAUUGUAUAAUUAGCUAAUAAACAAUCAUUAUUUCACUAAAGGCUUAAUUACAACUUUGGUCCCCGACGUUUAUCAAUGCCA